AUGAUACCCCCUGACUGGCAACACCCUCCUUACGCGGAAGAUCAGCCAUUUCCGCACCUCAUCCUCGCCACUCAUGUCCUCGACCGCGGCUUCCAAGCGGGCUCCGCGCUCGGAGUAGCUGUUGGAUUUGUGAAAGCGUUGCGCUCUGAGGCCCCCAGCCUCCGCAUGUCGGCCAGCAUUAUCACGCGCUCGACUGGAUCCGCCGGCUUCCUCGGCCUGUGCAGCAUGGCCAUCCUGCUUCCUAUUCGGAUGGCAGGGAAGGAAAAAAUCGAAUGGCAGGAUCGGAGCUGGAGGCUCCUUGAGAAUAAGGGGCAGGUGGAGGUCGAUAAUUGGAGUACGUGGGGGAUGCUGGCGGGAAUUGGAACGACUACCGCGAUCAUCAGGAAGAACGGAAUGCCGCUGCGAGGGUCAGGGUUGACACAUAUCGUAGGAGGAGCGGGACUUGGGAGUUUGGCUGGCGUUAUUGGGUAUAUGGGAUGGAGAUAUGGCGUGAUGGGAGGGCAUAGAGAUUGA